GACUAAAGAUGGGGGAGCAAGGUGGUUGGCUGGAGGCUAACAGAGAUUGGGCGGCCAUCUUGGAUUCCCAGACCCAGACCGGUGCAGCCAAGGGCCCAGGGGACAACAUCACUAAGCAGGCCAGGACCAGAGGCGACAUAGUGGAGUCUGCAGUCCAUGAUGACCUGCUGAUAUCCGGUGUUGCUGGUGGAAGAGACUGGACCUCUGAGGCGGCUGGUCACAAACCCUGGCCCUGGAUCAGAACCCUGGAUCAGGAGCCAUCGCGCUUCCUUCCCGAUUCGGAACUAGGACCGAAACACGAGGGACAAAGACUCCACCACCACAUAGAAGGUGGAUUGAACCACCUCAGUCCUGGUGGUCAUCAGAGAGAUGGAGGCUCCAGUCAGGGAUCCAGUCUGCAGCCCAGACCAUUCUCUUCACAGUCUCAGUGCAGGGAUGAAGCAGGGCCUGGGGCUGAUGGAGAUAAACCCUCCUGUUCCUAUGAUACAACCACCACAGUAUCCAUUAUGAACAGAGCAGAUCACCCUGGGCUUCAGCCUUCAGAGAGAGUGGUGGGAGACCCAUCUGGUGGUAGUCUAUCAGCAAGUCUGUCUUUUCCUUCAGGGUCUCAUCUAAUGCCUGGUGAAUGGGUUCAUAGAAUGUCUGGGCCUGGGUCUAGCCUUCCUCAGUUACCUCAGGUUUACCCCACCAAUACAGACACGGUCAGGAUGGGCAUUCACCACAGGAGGUACCUAGCCUAUAACACAGAACACAAUCCCAACAACACCCAAACAAUGGCUAGAGGUCAAGGAGGGAGCUCAAACACUAACCACCUGGUGGUGGCACCUGCUUCUACCUCCUCUGGUGUUAUUGGCUCACAACGUGGGAGGCCAAGCGUUAGGUCGGAUGCAGACAAGCCGCACGCAUGCCCCACGUGUGGGAAGCGUUUCACUGAGGCAAACUAUGUGAAGAGGCACCAGACCGUUCACACCAAGGAGAGGCCCUUCAAGUGCAAACUGUGUUACAAGAGCUUUGCCUUCCUGAGUAACCUUAUCAGACAUAGGAGUGUCCACAAUGGGAAGAAAUCGUAGCACUGUGGCUUGAGAUGUACAAAAGGGGAUAUCUGGGAACCAUUUUUUAGCUGACAUAAUAUAAUUAUCAUGUGAAGUGUCUUGGGACAAGAGGUUAAUUAAUCACAUACCCCUCAACCCUUUGUUAACUGUAAAUACCUGUUUUUAGAGAGACAGUAAACCUAGGCUAGAACAAGGACAGUUGAGUAUUUACCUUACUGAGGUGAUGUAGAUGGGAUAAAGUCGUUCUAUUAUUUUCUACUGUAUUCUUGCUAACACACUGUUCUUUCUAAACAAGUCUGCUCUCAGCUUGAAAUAUACUGAUCAUAGGAGAUUUGAUGUGAGAUGUAAUAAGCAUUACCGUAUUUCAAAGAACAGUGCGCAUACCUUUUUUGUUUAACCACCCCCUUUGAGCUAUGACACCAACCAAAAAAGACUCUCUUCUUCAGUGUAAACGGAAUCGCUGUGUGUAUUAACUGUAGGGGUAGCCAUGUUGCUGGAGAUCAGAAGUGUCCAGUGAGAGAAUGGCAGGUUGAGGUUGCCAGAGUCAGUGUAGUAUGCUAAGGUAGUGAAGAGAGUAGUAGAGGAAGAUCCAGGGCGAGGGAUCCUAAUAGUAGGCCGAAGUUAAUAGAGAAUCAAUAGAGAGUGAUAGGAAUAACGCGUGCUUCGGUUAGCUUGGCUUCUUAGCGUUCAUUGAAAUGGAAUCUAAAUCACAGAAAAUAUAUUUUGUGCCAGCUGCAGAGAAGAACUUUACGUGAUUUUACUGCAGAAGAUUUACAAGGUGUGUUGAACGAUAGUGUCCCGUCCUCCCAGGCAGCCAGCCUGGUAUAGGAUCAGAUGGGGCCAAAGUGGUGGAAUAGUGAAGUUUUAGGUUAUUUAUUUAUUUUCGUUUUAUUUAUAAAUAUGAAGUUUAAAUAAAGAAAGAUUAUUAAACAGUAACAUACAAAAAACAGAACAGCCAGAGGGAUUACAGAAAUAAAUAAUAUUACAAAUCCACAUUAUAUCAAAUCAAAUACAGACAUGUACCGAAUACAUUGCCAUUUUGUUUGGCAUACGUUUGAAUGAUUCUAAUAAAAAAAAAUCCAAAUCAGAUUUUUAACAAUUGGGCUUUUUCUUCAUAAAUGUUGAAUUUUUAUGAAAAAUAUUCCUAAUAAAAUAGAGAUUUAUGACAUACUGACGUUCAAUUGUGGAAUCAGUGUAGUAAAAUAAUAUGUCAAACUUAGAUAUUUCAAUGGUUGUAUGCAUUUUGUUGCCAAUAUAUAGUUUUACAUCAGUCCAGAACACCUCACUAUGUAAACUAUUUUCAAAACAAGUGUUCAAUAUAUUCAGUUUAUUGUUCACAGAAACUGCAUUCACUGGUAACACGAGGUAUAUAUUUAGAAAUCAAGCUAUUAUACGGGUAGAAUCUAUGGAUAAUCUUAAAGGAGAUCACCUUUACUUUAUUGGUCACCAUACAUUUGUGUGGAGUGAGCCAAGCACGGCGCCAGUUUACAUCAAACGAUGAAGCCCAACAAAAUAUAGCAAGAAGGAAUAGAUUUCCUGUAGAAAAUAUCCCUUAAUGAACGAUUGUUGAAUUUCUUAUCUAGUGAACUUAUGCCAUUCACCUGGAUAUCGCUUACAAUAGAUGUUUCAAAAUAUGCAUUAUUCUGAAGUAAAGAUUUUAUCCCACUAGGUAUAGCUUUUAUAACAGUGUCAUAUUCCUUGCUUGAAACCUUGAAGUUGUAUCUUUCCAUACAUUCUCUCCACGUAAAUUGACUGACACUAAUUCUUACUAAUUGGCUAGACAAAGGACAAAGUCUUUUGAGAACCAGUUACGGUAAAAUAACAUCUUGUUUCUAUGUAAUAUCGAACAAUUAUUCCAUAUAAAACAUUUAUGAGGUGAAAAGUUGUUUAUACAGCAAAGCCCAGCACGUUAAAACCUGCUUGUGAAAAGCCGCCAAUUUCAUUGGAAGUUUACCCACAAUAUAGGGACUUUGUAGUAGAAAAUUAAGCCAUCCGAGCUUCUGAAAAACAAAAUGAGGUAUAAUAUUCCAGAAACUAUGAGGAUUUUUUAAGUACCUUUUAACCCAGUUGACUUUUUAUAUCUGAUUAAAGAGAGUGAUGUCAAAGACAUUUAGACCGCCAUUACAAACCCAGUUGGUGAUAACAUCUAUUUUUAUCUUAUCUGGCUUGUUUUUCCAGAUGAAGUUGUACAAUAGCCUAUCUAAGGUACAGCAAGUGCAUUUGGGAAUGUCAAUAGAUGAAAAAAGAUAGGAUGCACGAGAUAGCCCCUCAGCUUUGGAUAAAAGCACCAUCCCUUGAAGACUUAAAUCUCUCCCUAACCAUGAGGAUCAUUUAUUUUUGAUAGAUUCAGUUACAGGAUUCAAAUUUAAGAUCAUUCACAGCCUUAAGAUUUUUGGUGCUCUUUACACCGAGGUAGGCUACAGUAUAUUUUUUCAGAGAUGUUACAAUCUGCUGGAUUGAAAGCUCCUUUCAGAACAAAGAUCUCGCAUUUGGAAAGAUUUAAUAUCAAACCUGAGAUUUUGGAGAACUGCUUCACAAUAUCCAAUGCUAAUCUAGCUUGUGACACAUUUUUCAAAUUAAGUGAGGUGUCAUCCGCCAGUUGGGAUAUCUUAAUCUCUCUGGCCUGGAAUGUAAUGCAUUCAAAUUGACUUUGAUGAACUAAUGAGCAUAAGGUUUGAGAUACUAACAAAAAUUAAAAAGGUGAGAUUGGACAACCUUGUCGUAUUCCUUUGUAAAUGUUAAACUUUGAAGAUGUUCCAUGGCAGAGUUUGAUACAGCUAUUGCCACCAUUAUACAGAGUUCUAAUAGCAUCAACAAAAAAUUUACCAAACUUCAAAUGCUUAAGACAAUGAAAGAUCAAAUUUGUGACAAAUGCUUGUCUGAAAAUUAAAAAAUAAGAUAACGGGGAAGUCAUCCAAUAGAUCACAAUACUCAACCAAAUCUAACACCAGCCUCAGAUUAUUAGAUAUAUGGCACCCUUUCAUAAACCCUGAUUGACAUUCAUCAAUCAGAUCAUUCAAGCACCACUUUAACCUUUUCGCAAAGAUUGAGACUAUCAUUUUGUAGUCGUUAUUUAGGAGUGUGAUUGGAUGCCAAUUAUCAAUAAUUAAGAGAUCCUUGUGUGGUUUAGGUAUUAGAGUAAUAGCCCCUUGCUUCAGAGAGAUGGGUAGUUCUCCCUUCUUUAUAGCCUCCUUAAAGGUUUCAAGUUUAAAAAAAAAAGUGUUAUUUCUUCAGAGGUCUUGUAAAAUUCAGAGGUUAAUCCAUCACAACCUGGAGAUGUUCUUUUUUAAUUGAGCAACAUGAUGUUGGAUGUCCGUAAUGGAUAAAUCUUGACAACAAGACCGAUUUGAAUUCUUCACUAACCGAAUUAACAUUCUCUAUAGAAUCAAGGAGAUCCUUAGAGUCACUCAAACUAUUAUCUAAGGAGUAAAGAUUAUCAUAAAACUUAGUGGUAAAGUCUGAUAACAACUCUCUAUCCUCAGAGGUUACCCCAUUAAUCUUAAAUUUCCGAAGUGUGUUGAGGUCCCAUCUCCUCUUUUCCAAAU